AUGCAGAGAAGCAACCAAGCGGGCACCAUCAUCGGUCAAGUCUUCUCUGGCUUCUUGUCAGAGCCAGCGGUCGGCGCCAUCGGCACAGUCUACCCCGUUUGGCCACGCGUCUUCUACAUUUUUGGAGGCAUCUCCGUGUUCAUCUCCAUUCUGUGGUUGUUUCUUGUCUUCGACACGCCGGAGGAGCAUCCAUACAUUUCAGAGAAGGAAAAACAGUACCUGUUCAGUGUUUUGGGACCGGCUGCUCGGAAGAGGCAGGUGAGAGCCUACAAGCCCGAAUAA